AGAAAAUAUAUUCGAUAACCGGACUUAGUUUUCGGAUUCCUGCCCAAUCAUGGUCUCGGACGGAGCACAUUUCGACUUCAUUGUUGUGGGAGGGGGUACGGCGGGCAACACCGUUGCCGGUCGCCUUGCAGAAAAUGCCAACGUCACUAUCCUAGUCGUCGAGGCAGGCGUUGCUAAUUCUCACGAGAUUGACGAGAUCACUACUCCAGCACUGGCACAGGAUUUGAGGAGCAGCCAGUAUGACUGGGCUUACAAGACUACCAUGGUGAAACGUGACGAUUAUGAGCGGAUCGAGAAGCCCAACACCCGUGGCAAGGCUCUCGGUGGUAGCUCCGCUCUCAACUAUUUCACCUGGGUUCCAGGUUGCAAGCCCACCUUUGAUCGCUGGGGGGAAUACGGCGGUAAGGAAUGGACAUGGGACCAUCUUGUCCCUUACCUUCGCAAGAGUGCUACGUAUCACGACGACCCAAAGCUCUACCUACCAGAGCUCAAAAAGAUUGGCGGAGGAGGCCCCAUUCCCAUCUCUCACGCUGAGCUAGUCGAAGAGAUGGCACCCUUCCGCGACGCUGUUAUCAAGGCAUGGAAGUCGCGUGGCGAGCCCGUUAAUGAGAACAUCUACGAUGGCGAACUCUAUGGCCUCACUCAUUGCUGUGACACCAUCUACAAAGGAGUCCGUUCGGGCAGCUACCUAUUCCUGCGCAACAAGCCCAACGUCACCAUCUUACCGCUGGUCCACUCGAAACGCCUUAUCAUCGACGACGCGGAUAAGACCUGCAAGGGAGUCACAGUCAUCGAUCCUACCGGCAGAGAACUUAAUCUCUAUGCGAACAGAGAGGUCAUCCUGUCCCAGGGUGUCUUUGAGAGUCCUAAGCUCCUUAUGCUUAGCGGUAUCGGUCCUGCCCGUGAACUUGAAAAGCACGGCAUCCCGGUCAUUGUCGAUUCUCUCCACGUUGGCCAAAAUCUCAUCGACCAUCCCGGUGUCCCCUUUGUGCUCCAAGUCAAGGACGGCUAUGGUUUGGAAGACCACCUCGUCCGCAAAGGUCCCAAACAAGAGGCGGCUAUUUCCUCGUACAAGAAGGAUCACUCUGGUCCUAUGGGAUCCGGCCUCCUCGAGCUGGUCGGAUUUCCUCGUAUCGACAAGUACCUGGAGAAAGACCCGCAGUACCAAAAGGCCAAGGCCGCCAAUGGCGGUCGUGACCCAUUCUCGCCUGAAGGACAACCGCAUUUCGAAUUGGAUUUCGUGUGUAUGUUCGGCCCGGCCUUCCAGUGGCAUUUCCCCACCCCAAAACACGGCAACUAUAUCACUAUCGUCGUCGACCUGGUUCGCCCCAUCUCGGACCCGGGGGAAGUGACGCUUAACUCUGCCGACCCUCUUGUCCAACCGAACAUCAACUUGAAUUUCUUUGCCGACGACUUGGACAUUAUCGCCAUGCGCGAAGGUAUCCGCUUCACAUACGAUGUGCUCACCAAAGGCGAUGGAUUCAAGGACAUCGUCGUGAAGGAAUACCCAUGGGAAAUGCCCCUGGAUGAUGAGAAGGAAAUGCACCGCGCCGUGCUCGACCGCUGCCAGACCGCCUUCCACCCGUGCGGCACCAACCGACUGUCCAAGAACAUUGGACAGGGAGUGGUUGAUCCACAGCUCAGGGUGCAUGGGAUCAAGCGACUGCGUGUGGCGGACGCGAGUGUCAUACCUGUGAUUCCGGACUGCCGAAUCCAGAACUCGGUGUACGCCGUAGGGGAGAAAGCGGCCGAUUUGAUCAAGGCGGACCACCACGAUCUCUUCUAAGCCCCGUGCGCAGGGGCUGAAGGCGAGCCCAAGAAGAGAAAACUGAACCCAGGAGAAUGUGUAUCCAGCUAAUUGAUGGUGUGCUUCAAACCCCCAGACUGCAAAAGGAGAACAACACAGAAAAAAAUGAUAGGAACUACGCUCUUUUGCAAAUGUCGUCUAUAUUUGUAGGUAACAAU